ACAGCAGUGACGACACACAAGGUUCCGGGGACUGAGCGGGUUUCAGACUUUCAGGAUUUCGGCUGGCCACAGGUCCCGGGCAGGCGUCAGGACAGAGCCUGAUCCAGGCUUCGGCCGCCUGUAGCAGCUCUCGAUCAGCUCUCGGAGUCGGAGAGGCGGCUAAGGAAAGGUGCCACAGCAGAAACGCGCAGGAGAGGCCCUGGAACCUUUUCAAAGAAGAAUGGAAGAAACCAUGAAGCUUGCUACAAUGGAAGACACAGUGGAGUACCGCCUGUUCCUGAUACCAGAUGAAUCAAGGGACUCAGAUAAACACAAAGAGGUUCUUCAGAAGUAUAUUGAGAGAAUAAUGACCCAGUUUGCACCUAUGCUGGUCCCCUACAUCUGGCAGAAUCAGCCUUUCAAUCUCAAAUAUAAACCUGGGAAAGGAAGUGUUCCUGCUCAUAUGUUUGGCGUGACAAAGUUUGGGGAUAAUAUUGAGGAUGAAUGGUUUAUUGUUUAUGUAAUAAAGCAGAUCACAAAGGAAUUUCCAGAGUUAGUAGCAAGGAUUGAAGACAAUGAUGGUGAAUUCUUGUUAAUAGAAGCUGCUGACUUUCUCCCUAAAUGGUUGGAUCCUGAUAAUAGCACCAAUAGGGUAUUUUUCCACCAUGGAGAAUUGUGUAUUAUUCCUGCACCAAGAACACCUGGAGCAGAAUCUUGGUUACCCACCACACCCCCAACAAUUCCACAAGCAUUGAAUAUAAUCGCAGCACAUCCAGAAAAAAUACUUGCUUCAGAAUCUAUACGAGCUGCUGUGAGUAGGCGCAUCAGAGGGUACCCAGAAAAAAUUCAGGUCUCCCUUCAUCGAGCACACUGCUUCCUUCCAGCUGGCAUUGUGGCAGUGCUAAAGCAGCGCCCCAGAUUGGUGUCUGCAGCAGUCCAGGCAUUUUACCUACGAGACCCUAUUGACCUGCGAGCCUGUCGUGUUUUCAAGACAUUCUUGCCUGAAACACGAAUAAUGACAUCGGUCACAUUCACUAAAUGUCUAUAUGCACAGUUGGUGCAACAAAGGUUUGUGCCAGACCGGCGGAGUGGAUACAUGCUGCCCCCUCCAUCUGAUCCCCAGUACCGAGCCCAUGAAUUGGGCAUGAAAUUGGCUCAUGGAUUUGAGAUCUUAUGCUCCAAAUGUAGCCCACAUUUUUCUGAUUGCAAGAAAUCCCUUGUGACUGCCUCACCGCUCUGGGCCAGUUUCCUUGCAAGUCUGAAAAAGGAUGAUUACUUUAAGGGACUGAUAGAAGGUUCUGCUCAGUACCGGGAAAGGCUAGAAAUGGCAGAGAAUUACUUCCAGCUCUCAGUAAACCGGCCAGAAAGUUCUCUUGCUAUGAGCCCUGGUGAAGAAAUCUUAACCUUAUUACAGACAAUACCAUUUGAUAUAGAAGACCUUAAGAAAGAAGAAGCUAAUCUUCCUCCAGAGGAUGAUGACCAGUGGUUAGAUCUCUCACCAGAUCAGCUGGACCAGCUGCUGCAGGAAGCUGCUGGCAAAAAAGAAUCAGAGUCUAUUUCCAAGGAGGAGAAGGAGCAGAACUAUGACUUAACUCAAGUCUCAGAGAGCAUGAAAGCUUUCAUAUCCAAAGUCUCAACCCACAAGGGAGCAGAGCUGCCUCAAGAACCUUCUGAAGCUCCAAUCACUUUUGAUGCAGAUUCUUUUCUUAAUUAUUUUGAUAAGAUUUUAGGGCCAAGGCCUCAUGAGUCAGAUUCUGAUGAUCUGGAUGACGAAGAAUUUGAAUGUUUAGAUAGUGAUGAUGACUUGGAAACACACGAACCUGGCGAAGAGGCUUCUCUGAAAGGAACUCUUAAUAAUCUCAAGUCAUAUAUGGCCCAGAUGGACCAGGAACUAGCACACACCUGCAUUGGCAAAAGUUUCACCACUAGGAAGCAAGUGGAACCUGUAUCCCAGACUACUGACAACAAUUCAGAUGAGGAAGAUUCUGAUACAGGAGAAUCUGUUAUGGCACCAGUAGAUGUAGACCUGAACCUGGUUUCAAAUAUAUUGGAAUCCUAUAGCUCCCAAGCUGGACUGGCAGGACCCGCUUCCAAUCUUUUACAAAGCAUGGGAGUGCAGCUGCCUGACAGCAUCGAUCACAGACCAACAAGUAAGCCAACGAAAAAUUAACCAGCACAUUUAGCUUCUCUUUUCUCUUUUUAAAAAAUAUUGAAUACGAUUCUGUUCAUUUCUAGUUUAAAUUACUCAUUUGGUAAAAAUGUUUCUUCAUUACAAGUUGUACAGAUUGACUUCUCCUACAUGAGAAUUGUGGCCCUCUUGGCACAAGUCUUUGUGAUCUCAGCUGUGGGUUACACACGGGUUUUGAACUCGGCAGGGUAGAAUCUAACCUCUAGACAACUUUGAGAUGAAAUUCACACACUUUGUGCUAAGGACACAGCCUACCACAAUAUACCCUUGGAGUAAUUCUAAAUAUUUAAAUUUCUCCCUUACUGCUAUUCAUCCUCAGAUCAAAAUUUCAGGCAGACAAAUUUGGAUUUGAUAACUCAUUCACUUUUUCUUUUCAAUUUUUUUUAAUGUGGCGUAACAUGCAUAUGGUUAAGUGCACAAAUCUUGAGUGUACAGUCAGUGAAUUUUUGCAUGUAUGUAUGUACCUGAAGCAAGAUAUAGAACUUACUUGUAAAUAACACCUAUAUUGAAAUAUAAGUCACAUACCAAAAAAUUUACCCUUUAUACAAUUCAGUGGUUUUUAGUAUAUUUACAAAAUUGUGCAACCAUCACCACCAUCCAAUUCUAGAAUAUUAGAAACCCCAUACUCACUAAUAGUCUCUCAUUCCCUUCUACUCCCAGCCCCUAGAAACCACUAGUCUACUUUCUGUCUCUAUGGAUUUGCCUAUUUUGGACAUUUCAUACCUGAUACUGUACUUGUUUUAAUUAAUUGGUUUGAUAUUUAAUAUAGCUGAUAUAUCUAUUGCUAA